GUUGGACCCUGAAACAAAACCAAGAUCGAGUAACAACAAGAUCGAUAAUGUCAACGAUAAUGAUGAUCACGAUCAACCCCACUAAUCUUCAAUUCUCUAACCUGAACAAAACUAGAAACCCAUAUCCAAAUUCACACCUACAACACACCCGGUCACUCAAAUCAUCACAAAUUAGCAACACCCAUGAACCCAAAUCAUCUCAUUCACUGGUCCAACAAUUCAACCCAAAUAUCCCAAUUCAAGAAGCCCUAACCCCACCCAGUUCUUGGUACACUUCCCCUGAGUUUCUCUCUCUAGAAUUUGAUCAAGUAUUCUUCAAAGGAUGGCAGGCUGUUGGAUGUACUGCACAAGUUCAGGAGGCCAACAGUUUCUUUACUGGAAGAUUAGGAAACAUAGAAUAUGUGGUGUGUCGUGACGAAAAUGGCGAGUUGCGUGCGUUUCAUAAUGUUUGUCGCCACCAUGCCUCACUUCUAGCAUUUGGAAGUGGAAAAGGAACUUGCUUUACAUGCCCUUAUCAUGGAUGGACAUACGGGUUGAAUGGAGCACUUCUGAAAGCAACCAGAAUAACAGGGAUGAAGAACUUUAAUGUCAAAGAGUUCGGACUCGUUCCAUUGAGCGUGGCCAUUUGGGGGCCAUUUAUCCUUCUCAAUAUGGAAAAAGAGGUGUUUUCCCAACAAGGUUGCGAUGAUGAUGUCGGAAUGGAAUGGCUAGGUAGCUCUUCCGAGAUAUUAAGCACCAAUGGGGUCGAUAAUUCUCUAAGUUAUCUUUGCAGACGCGAAUAUACUAUCGAGUGCAAUUGGAAGGUGUUUUGUGACAAUUACUUAGAUGGCGGGUAUCAUGUACCUUUCGCGCAUAAAGAUCUUGCAUCAGGUCUUAAGCUCGACUCGUAUUCCACCACAGUGUAUGAGAAAGUGAGCAUACAAAGAUGUGAUGGAGGUGAAGUGCAGGGUCAAGAAGAUUUUGAUAGGCUUGGAUCUAAAUCCUUAUAUGCCUUUAUUUAUCCAAACUUCAUGGUGAAUAGGUACGGGCCAUGGAUGGACACCAAUCUAGUACUUCCAUUAGGACCCCGACGAUGCAAAGUGAUUUUUGAUUACUUCCUUGAUGCGUCUCUUAAGGAUGAUGAAGCUUUUGUGGCUAAGAGUUUAGAAGACAGUGAGAAAGUUCAGAUGGAAGAUAUCAUGCUGUGUGAAUCGGUUCAGAGAGGGUUGGAAUCGCCAGCUUAUGACAGCGGCCGAUAUGCGCCUAUGGUAGAGAAGGCCAUGCAUCAUUUUCAUUGUCUGCUACAUCAAAAUCUCAUCAAAUGAUGUUGUUACCUAUGACCGCAACUGUUACACGCAUCUUUAAGCAUUUUGAAUAUAAAACACACUAUUCAAGCAUGUACAGUUUGUUCGGAUUAGGCCAUGCGAAUAAUAACAAAAUGGUAACGACAUCAAA